AUGGGUGUCCCCAAGUUCUUCAGAUGGAUGAGCGAGCGGUAUCCGGCCAUCUCGCAGCUCAUCGCCGAAAACCGUAUUCCCGAGUUCGACUGUCUCUAUCUCGACAUGAACGGGAUCAUCCACAAUUGUACUCACAAAGACUCCGACUCUCCUUCUUUCCGGAUGACUGAGGACAAAAUGUUCAUUGCCAUCUUCAACUACAUUGAGCACCUUUUCGGCAAAAUCAAACCCAAGAAGCUGUUCUUCAUGGCAAUUGAUGGUGUCGCACCCCGUGCCAAGAUGAAUCAGCAGCGCUCUCGCCGCUUCCGAACAGCCCUCGACGCGGAAAAGGCUAGGGAUAAGGCGAUCAAGGAGGGCCUGGAGCUCCCCAAAGAAGAGCCCUUUGACAGCAACUGUAUCACUCCUGGUACCGAGUUCAUGGCUAAACUCACCAAGCAACUCAAAUAUUUCAUCAGCAAGAAAGUCUCCGAGGAUGUGGAGUGGCAGGGUGUCGAAGUCGUUUUAUCUGGCCACGAGGUACCUGGUGAGGGUGAACACAAGAUUAUGGAAUACAUCCGCCAAGCCAAAGCACAGCCUGGGUACGAUCCCAACGUCCGUCACUGCCUCUACGGUCUUGAUGCAGAUUUGAUCAUGUUGGGUCUUCUCAGUCAUGAUCCUCAUUUCUGCUUGCUUCGAGAAGAGGUCACCUUUGGUAGGUCAUCACAGAAGAAGUCGAAAGAACUAGAACACCAGAACUUCUACCUCAUGCAUCUCUGCGUUGUACGAGAAUAUCUUGAACUGGAAUUUCAAGAUCUUCAACAGGAAGGCGCCCUCGAUUUUGAGUACGAUAUGGAACGGAUUAUUGAUGACUUCAUUCUCAUGGCUUUCUUUGUCGGAAACGAUUUCUUGCCGAACCUUCCGAACUUGCACAUCAACGAAGGUGCAUUGGCGCUUAUGUUCCAGAAGUACAAGCAGAUUCUUCCUACACUGGGCGGAUACAUCAACGAGCAGGGCGUUAUCAACCUGCAAAGAAUGGAAGUGCUUCUGGAUGAGUUGUCUGAAGUGGAGCAUCGCUUCUUUGAAGCGGAGUACGCCGAUUCCAAAUGGAUCGACGCAAAGCGCAAUGGUCAAGCUGCAGAGAAGCCGCUGAUAGCGUCACGUGGGCCCGUCAGGAUUUCUCCUGAACAGAAGAAGAUCUUCAAUAAUGUCAAGAAGUUCUUCAUUUCGCCUGUCAAUAAAGACCCUGCCACCAGACAGCCCUUCAAUCUUCCUCCUACACUUCCUGCGAGAGACCGCAAGUUUGUGCAGCAGCUGGCGACUGAUUUAAACCUGCAAUGGUCUACCAAGGAAGAUGAAGAAGGUAACCGCUUUCUUCAGCUCGAGUUUCCGCCUGCGCCACAGGCCGAAGACUCGGACGAUGAAGAUGAAGAAUCUCAGCUGGCUACUAUGCGAGUCCUAAAGCGUUACGAACAUGCCAAAGUCGAACAGGCUACCGAUGAGCAGGCCCAAAAGGACAUGGAGCAGAAGUACGACCAGAAAUUUCGUGACUGGAAGGACACAUAUUAUAAGGAGAAGUUUGGCUGGGGUCUUGAGAACGAAGGAGGCUUGCGGCAUCUAACCGAGAACUACGUGCAGGGUCUGCAAUGGGUUCUUUUCUACUAUUAUCGUGGAGUUGCGUCUUGGCCCUGGUUUUAUCAAUAUCACUACUCACCCAUGAUCUCCGACGUCAAGAAGGGUCUCGGGGCUGAUAUGAAUUUCCAGCUUGGGCAGCCAUUUCGACCGUUCCAGCAACUCAUGGGAGUGCUUCCGGAUCGAAGCAAGAAGAUUGUUCCCACCGUCUACCAUGACUUGAUGACCUCAAAGGACUCGCCUAUCAUCGACUUCUAUCCGCGAGACUUUGAACUUGACAUGAACGGCAAGAAACAGGAAUGGGAGGCUGUUGUCAAAAUCCCGUUUAUCGAGGAACAGCGACUGCUCAGUGCUAUGGCGCCAAAAGAUGCUUUGCUCUCGGAAGAAGAGCGCUUGCGAAACGAUUUUGGCGUCAGCCUCAAAUUUGUUUACUCUCCAGAGGUCGACUACAUCUAUCCAUCCUCGCUUGUUGGUAUCUUUCCUGAUCUUCCGCACUGUCGCUGCAUCCAGAACGAAUUCGAAUUGCCGACCAUGGACGGACUGGAGCCGUAUGUCGGCUUAGUCGAGGGUGUCAAGCUCGGAGUUGCAGCUUUGGCUGGCUUUCCGAGUCUGAAGACCCUGCCUUUCACCGCUUCUUUGGGUUUCCAUGGCGUCAGUGUCUUCCAGCAAGACAGUCGAAAUGAGAGCAUGGUGGUCACAGUGUCAGAUACCGAGACGCGGGCCAAGGUGGAGUUUGCCAAAGUGCUGCUCAAUAAGCGUGUACAUGUCGGCUACCCAUUCUUGCAGGAAGCGAAAGUUGUGAAGGUUUCCGACGAGCUUUUCGACUAUGUCCAGAUCACCACCGACGGAGAUGCUCCCCAUCAAGUCAAGGCGAUUGAACAUUCCGGAAAAGAAAUCGACGACUUCCACAGGAAGGCGGAACGAAUCGAGAAAUACUACAGCAAGAGACUCGGGAUGUUGAUCGGCGAUGUCGAGUCCCUUGUCCAUGUGGAAAUGCUCAAAGGCCUUAAAAAACUGGAUGACGGUUCGACGGUCAAGGAGUUUGCAGAGAUGCCAGGCCUAGAAACGAUCCAUGCCACACAGGUUGUUGUCGAGAACGUGAUUAGCGAGGAUGUUCGCUUCAUCGAACAAGCCGCUCUGCCUAUUGAGGAAGAGUUUCCCGAAGGAACUAACGCUUUCUUCUUAGGUGACUAUGCCUACGGACGCCCGUUGAGUGUUGUUGGCCACGAGAAUGGGAAGGCGAAAUGCUUGAUUGCAUUGUCAAAAGGCAGUCAAGUCGAAUUCGGACGCGACAUCGCUAGGCAGGCCGAACGACUGUCACCAUAUGUGCCCUCAUAUCAAAUCGCGCAGAGUCUGAGUCUCAACGCGUUGGCAUUGGCGAAGAUCACCUCGUCCUUCUCCGUUCGCGUUGAUGAUCAAAGAGUCAAUCUCGGUCUCAAUCUGAAGUUCGAGGCGAAGAAGCUGAAAGUCUUGGGCUACUCGCGCAAGCGUGGCAGCGGUUGGGAAUUCAGCCAGGCAGCAAUUCAACUGAUCCAGCAAUACAUGAUCAGAUUUCCACAGUUUAUUGCUGGCAUCCACAACAACCCUCAGGGCGAUAUGUUACCGGCUACUGCGUAUUUCCCAGGCAGCUCACCUGAAGAAGCCAAGGCCAAGAUCAAGGAAAUCCAAACGUGGCUCAAGGAGAUCGAGUCAAAGAGCUUUGAGAGAGUGCCACUGGAAGCAGAGCAGCUCGAUUCAGAGAUCGUGAAGCUCAUAGAGCAAGCAGCAGACGAGGCACUCCGCACUGAACCACCUCCGGAGAACAAGACGCUCGGUGGUGUCCCAAGGAAUGGCCUCCUGAAGCCAUCAGAUGCGCAGUGGCGUCUAGGCAACCAGAACUUCGGUCUUGGAGAUCGCGUCAUCUAUGUGGCUGACUCGGGCAAGGUGCCAAUCGCUUCCAAGGGAACCAUCGUGGGCCUCACCCUGACGACAAGAGAGACGUGGCUCGAUGUCGUUUUUGAUGUUUCUUUUAUGAGUGGAACAUCAUUGGGUGACAGAUGCUCUCCGUUCAGAGGUUCAACUGUUCCGACAUGGUCGGUUCUGAAUCUCAGCAAUCGUCAAGUUGUUGCAUCGUCUCAAGCGAGUGCAACUCGACAAACAAAUAGAGCAGCGACACCGCUGACUGUUCCGGGCUAUGGCUUACCUGGGAUCAAUGGCCAGGGUCAACUGCGCCCAGCUCAGGCACCCCCGGCAUUGAGAGGGUCAUGGCGAGGAGCCGUAUCAGGACAGGGCCCGGGCCGUGGAAACGUGAACGGCACUGCGGGUCGUGGCCAGCAGAAUGGAAGAGCCAUGCCUUUUCGAAACGGCCCGCCUACCAAUGGAAGCCGUGGCAAUGUAACAAACGGCCAGUAUCCUUCCGGCGGACGUGGAGGCAUGGGACAUGUCAGUCGCGCCGGCUACACGGUCGUUGAUCGCGGCGACCCUCAAGCUGGUGUUGUGCAACACAACCCGAACUUUCGGCUCAAGGCGCAAAACCACGUUCCUCCGCCGUCUAGCCUGGAUCAACCUUCUACCCCACGGGGUCGUGGACGAGGAAGAGGUGGUGCAUCUCGAGGAGGACGAGGUGCAACGCCGCGGGGAACUUCAUGA